UCCUGGCCAAUUUCAAUAUUAUUUAUGUAACAGCAGGUCUUAUGAGGUUGACUGUAAUCAACUUGGUGAGCAUAGAGCACAGUGCAACAGUCAGAAAUGAAGUGCAAUGGAGUAAUACAUGCUGGUUCAAUUCAAAAGUCAACCGUAGGCGUGGGAACAAGAGAAGUGUUAUGACAAGUACAUGUCUUAACAAAUUGUUUAAAUAAUUAUACCUUGGACAACUUUCACAGGCAGAUCUCAACUUUCCAUUCUAUCAGCAAGAUUUAUCAUCUGCCUUUGUUUCUUUGUCUCUGGCCAUGAUAUUGACAAAGGCAUGAGGAACUUGACCAGUGGAGUCUUGAACUUCCCAGACAAUUCCUCUGGAGUUGGAGAUGGUGGCCCCAAUGCUCAACACUCAGUUGCGCUGGAAUAAGGACCAUCAGGCCAUUGGAAAAUCCAGGCUGAUCUCUUCUCUCUCUCCACAGAUCCUGCCAGACCCGGAAAUGUCCAAAGGUCAUUGGAAGUGUAAAGUGUCGAAGUCUCUAUCGUUGGCGAUGGGGCAGGAGCGGCACACACACUCUGAGAUGAAAGCGGAGACCAGAGUCAAUCCGAAUUGCUGCACCCGGAGGACGGGAGCACUGGUCAUUGACAUGGGAUCGGGCGUUUGUAAAGUGGGCUACGCCGGGCAACCGAGACCCGACUCGGUUCUCGGAUCAAUAGUGGGCUACCCGAGAGGGAGGAGUAAGCGGAACAGCAUCACUGUGGGCAGAACGGUCUCGACCGAGCCUGACCUCAAACUGAUCCGGCCAACUCGGCAAGGAGUCAUCGUGGACUGGACCGCGGCGGAAGAUCUCCUCCGCCACGUGUUCUAUGAGGAUCUGAAGGUGUCUCCGGAGGAACACGCCAUCCUGAUCUCAGACCCUCCCCUCAGCCCCACCACCAACAGGGAGAAGAUCGCCGAGCUGUUGUUCGAGCGCUUCAAUGUCCCCGCCAUGCACGUCUCUUACCAGUCGGUGCUGGCCGUCUAUUCUUACGGUAAAACCAGCGGGCUGGUGGUCGACUCUGGGGACGGCGUGACCCACUCUGUCCCCGUCCAUGAGGGCUACAACAUGCCCGAUGCCAUCAGUCGAAUCGACCUGGGGGGGCACGACCUCACCACUUACCUGAUCAAGCUGCUGAGUGAGGCUGGCAACGCGUUUCAUGAGAAAGGCAGGUACAUUGUCGAAGACAUCAAGCAGAAAUGCUGCUAUGUGGCUGUGGAUUAUAGAAAUGAGGGAACCCACCUUGUGGACUAUGAGCUCCCUGAUGGUCAUCUCAUUACUAUUGGCAAGGAACGAUGUAAGUGUCCAGAAGCUCUCUUCAAGCCAUCGGUCAUGGGGUCAAACCAAGAAGGUAUCCACAUCAUGACCAGCAAUAGUUUGAAACGGAUCGAGCCCCAGAUUAGAAAUGUAAUGUACGAUAAUGUUCUGCUGAGUGGAGGCACCACAUUAUUCGAUGGAUUUAAUGUACGUUUCUGCAAAGAGAUUUUUCCUCUGGCCCCCCAUGAUAUUAAACCCAAAAUCCACGCUGUCCCAGAGAGGAAGUAUGCUGUCUGGAUUGGUGGCUCUAUACUGGCCUCAUUACACUCCUUCCAGUCUUUAUGGAUUCGCCAAAAGGAUUAUGAAGAAGAUGGCCCGUUAAUAGUGCACCGGAGAUGCUACUGAGAGCCAUGUACCUGCUUUGACCUAUUAUCGUUUCAAAAGUAUUCAAGUUUGUCAUUUUUGUGUUAGGAUUAUUUUUUAAAAAAGAUAGUAUAUCAGCUUUCUUCUUAA